AUGUUUUCAAAGAAGAAGAAGAAGCCUCUUAUUUCACCUCCAAGUAAUUUUGAACAUAGGGUGCAUACAGGCUUUGAUAAAAGAGAGGGCAAGUUUGUUGGGUUACCAUUGCAAUGGGCUUCUCUUGUGGGGAAUAAUCAGAUUUUUAAAUCAACCAAUAGACCUCUUCCAUUAGUAGAUCCAUCUGAAAUUACUCCUACUGAAAUAUUAGAUUUAAAAACAAUAGUCAGAGGUGAACAUAGAUCAGCAUCUGUUGCAUCUAUGACACGUCCUCCCUCUACUAAUCCAACUUUCAUCAACACUCAGCCAGUACAAAAUGGAGUUGUUUUACCAAAAACAUCAAAUGUCGCUCGAUCUAAUUCUCUGAGAAGUACAAGUCCACCACGCAUAAGAAGAGAUUUGCGUAAUCAAGCUAAUGUUCCACCAGCAGUUCCUGAGGAAUCUCCUCCAGUGCCACCUGCUCCACAGCAGUAUCCUAGUUUACGACGUGAGCAAAGCAAUUUUGCUUUAAAAAAGUCAAUACCAGAAUCACCUGUAGAAUGGACACAGUCUUUGCAUGAGACUUCUGUAAAGCCAAUUUCUGAGCUGAAUGAUAAUCAACAAGCAACAAUAACGUACCAAAACAUAGAAAAUGCUAAUGUGCCUUACCAACACAAUCAUCCACCUCAAACACAGCCAAUGCCAUAUGGAAUGCAAGGCCAUAACGGAAAUUAUAUAAGUGACUCCUAUUCCAUAACAAGGCAUCAACAUGGCAUGCCUCCUGGGGCUCCAUCCCAUUUGCCUCUUGCUGCCUCUAAACAUGAGUUGCGUUUAACACAUGAACAGUUUCGUGCAGCGCUGCGUCUUGUUGUAAGUGAAGGUGAUCCCAAAGCAACCUUGGUAGGUUUUAACAAAAUUGGCGAAGGAAGCACGGGCUUUGUGUGUUCUGCCACAGACACGCGCACACGACGUCGUGUCGCAGUCAAGAUGAUGAAUUUAAGAAAGCAACAACGUAGAGAGCUGCUCUUUAAUGAAGUGGUAAUAAUGCGUGACUACCCUCAUGCUAAUAUAGUUGAAAUGCAUGCCUCUUACUUGGUAGGGGAUGAAUUGUGGGUAGUAAUGGAGUAUAUGGCUGGAGGCUCACUCACUGACAUAGUGACACGCUCAAGAAUGGAUCCAGAGCAAAUUGCAACUGUUUGUAAACAGUGCCUAAAGGCUUUAUCAUUUCUACAUGGACAAGGAGUUAUACAUAGAGAUAUUAAAUCCGACUCUAUACUGUUGACAUCGGAUGGUCGAGUAAAAUUGUCAGACUUUGGAUUUUGUGCCCAAGUUUCACAAGAAUUGCCAAAGCGAAAGUCUUUAGUCGGAACUCCAUAUUGGAUGUCCCCUGAGGUAAUAUCAAGACUACCAUACGGUCCAGAAGUAGAUGUAUGGUCCUUGGGCAUAAUGCUUGUUGAGAUGGUGGAUGGAGAGCCACCAUUCUUCAAUGAACCUCCACUUCAGGCGAUGCGACGCAUACGUGAUAUGCCGCCGCCGCGACCACGCGGUGCAGCGAGAUGUCCACCCGAUCUACUCCAGUUCCUCGAGUGCGCUUUAGUCAGAGAUCCGGCUCAGAGGCAAUCCGCGGCCAGAUUGUUACAUCAUCCCUUCUUGCGCCGCGCCGGACCGCCGGCUUUGCUGGUGCCACUCAUGCCUCCACACCAUCAGAAUCAACAUCAUCAAAUCCCAGCACCGGCUCAAAUGCAUCAGUAG